GCUGUCUGUCAGAUUAUCAUCAUCCUAGCUAAGAAAAACCAACCCUAGAAAUUAAGGAAGGUUAAUUUCUGAAGAUGGAUCAAAAGCGUAAAUCUGCUGCACCAGGUCGGGAGUACAUCGAUUUUGAUCCGGAUACGCAGUUAGUAACGGAAGUAGACUGCGACACGCUGCACGUCGUUUUGCCCGGUUUCACAAAGGAGCAACUGAGGCUUCAACUGACCACGGCGCAAACCCUGAGGAUCAUGGGAGAACGCCCGCUCGCCAAUAACAGAUGGCUCCGUCUGCAACGGGAGUAUCCGAUUUCAACGAACUGUGACACCAGUAGAAUCAGUGCAAAGUUCGACAACGGCAUCCUGUAUGCUAGGCAGCCGAAAUUAGUCCUCUAUCCCGCGGUGAAAGGAGAAAAAAGUGAAACUCAGAAGGCAGUUAUUGAAGCCCCUAAGCCUGACCAGAAGUCCGCAAAUUACCAGCCGCGGCCUCAAAAGCCAGCUAGUGAAGUCCAAAAGGCUAAUGAAAAGCCCGCAGAUGAUCAGCCGAGGCCUCAAAAGCCUGACCAGAAGCCGGUAAAUGAUCACCCGCAGCCUCAACAGACUAAUGAUCAAGAGACGAAAUCAACGGUUGAUCCGUCUAAGCAGAAAGAAGGGAAGAAAAGCGAGUCAGUGGAUGAUGGAAGUGUAGGUAAAGGAGAUUUGGAGAGGGAGAAAGGUGAGGAGGAGGAGGGGAAGAGAAAUAGGGUUGAUGAAGACGGGAAAGGGAAGAUGAGGGAAACAAGCGAGGGACAAGAGAGUCGUGGUCGUGCUGGUGGUAGGGCGCCACCCCUGGUGGCGAUGGGGAGUAGGCCAAUGGGGAAGUUGAUCAUCAACUUGGUUGUGGGUAUUUUGCUGGUCCUUGUGAUUGGGAUUUAUGCUAGAAAUUGGAUGAAGGCUUUGCCAUGGAGUACGGAAAAUGAGUCUUGAUGUCUGGUUUGGACAUAGUGUUGUGGAGUAUUUGGUAUAUCUAUGGCAUGGGUUUGUCAGCUAAUGUGAAGUGAAUAAAAAGGAGUUUCAAUUGCAGCAA